GACUGUAGGCAGUUUUGUAUAUAUUCACGUGUAUGUAGGGACUGAAUAUUUUAUUUAUUAUACUAUGGCAUGGGGGGAGGGAGGAAUUGUACCCAUGUCAGUUCAGGUGUGCAGUAUGCCAGGUAUGUGGUUGUUCAGUCAUACCUCCAUGUAGGAAGAGCAGGUAAAAUUCCCUUCCCUCUGUCAUGAACCCGUCUAGCCGGUUUGCGGAGCACCCAAGCCGUGCUAUUGUACGCUGUGACAACUGUACGUUUCACCUGACAGCUAGCCAAGCCAGAGUUUGAUUCAGAGUUCCCUACCUUUGCUCGUUAAAUUACCUUUACAGCUAGGUGUGUUUAGAAGCUCAGGUGUGCUAUCAGCCAACAAGCAUGGAGCUGAUUACCAGUACCUGUCCUUAACUAGCUAACUAGCCUUUUGUUUUUAAGAGCGGCCAGGUGUGUUACUGUUAUUAGGGUGGAGCCCGUACCAGACUUAUCUGCCCAGGUGUAAUAUGACCAAAGGCUCUCUUGUCCAGGGCUGCCUUUUAUCACAUGACGGACAGAUGAUUCAGUACUAGCCGACCAUUGAGAGGUGUUCCGAGAGACAACCGAGAUGGUUAUCCUGGCAAAGGGGGACUAUGUGUGGCUGGAGCCAGACAAGAAGGGGGAGUUUGAGGUGGCCAUCGGAGCCAAGGUCCAGUUCUCAGAUUCGGGGCGGAUACAGGUCGUCGACGAUGAUGGCAAGGAGCACUGGCUGGACCAGCAUAAGCACUUCAAACAUAUGCACCCGUCCUCCGUAGAGGGCGUGGACGACAUGAUCGGGCUGGGCGACCUCAACGAGGCCGGCAUUCUACGUAACCUCUUCAUUAGAUAUAUGGAUAACCUCAUAUAUACAUACACAGGGUCAAUAUUAGUGGCAGUCAACCCCUACCAGAUCCUCCCCAUCUACACUGCCGAGCAAAUCCAGUCGUACAGGGAUAAGAAAAUAGGAGAGUUACCUCCCCAUAUCUUUGCGAUUGCGGAUAACUCGUACUUCAACAUGAGGAGAUACCAGGAAGACCAGUGUGUGAUCAUCAGCGGUGAGUCUGGUGCUGGUAAGACAGAGAGUACGAAGUUGAUCCUCCAGUUCCUAGCAGCCAUCAGCGGUCAACACUCGUGGAUAGAACAGCAGAUCCUGGAAGCUAAUCCAAUCAUGGAAGCAUUUGGAAAUGCCAAGACGAUUCGUAAUGACAACUCCAGUAGAUUUGGGAAGUACAUAGACAUCCACUUUAACCAGAAGGGCUCUAUUGAAGGAGCAAAGAUUGAGCAGUAUUUGUUGGAGAAAUCCAGGAUUGUCAACCAGGCUCAUGAUGAGAGGAAUUAUCACAUCUUCUACUGCAUGCUGGCUGGCAUGUCACAGGAAGAGAAGAACCAGUUGGACCUGAAAGAUGCCACAGCCUAUAACUACCUCACACAGGGAGGGUCCAUAUUUGCUGAGGGAAGAGACGAUGUCAAAGACUUUGCUGACAUCCGAUCAGCCAUGAAGGUGCUUAUGUUUGCCGAGUCUGACAUCUGGGAAGUGAUGAAAGUCCUCGCUGCUCUGUUACACCUGGGUAACAUUCGCUAUAAUGCUAUCCAGGUAGAUUUCAUUGAUGCCAGUGAGAUCCAGGAUGUGGCGGAGGUUAACAGGGCUGCUCGAUUACUGGAGGUACGAGCGGCUGACCUGAAUUCUGCGCUGACCACAAAGACAAUUUUCACCAAAGGAGAGACGGUGGUUUCCAGUUUAAGCCAUUCCGGAGCCCUCGAUGUGCGCGAUGCGUUUGUCAAGGGAAUUUACGGUCGCAUGUUUGUGUGGAUUGUGGAAAACAGCGCCAUCUACAAGCCAAAAACCAGCGGCAAACACUUCAGAACGUGCAUCGGAGUCCUGGAUAUUUUUGGUUUUGAAAAUUUUGAUCACAACAGCUUUGAACAGCUCUGCAUCAACUUUGCCAAUGAGAACCUACAGCAGUUUUUUGUCCAGCAUAUCUUCAAACUUGAACAGGAAGAGUACGACAAUGAGGGGAUUAACUGGAAGCACAUAGAGUUUGUGGAUAACCAAGAUGCACUGGACAUGAUCGCUGUCAAACCUAUGAACAUCAUCGCCCUGGUGGACGAGGAAAGCAAAUUCCCAAAGGGAACAGACCAAACCAUGUUGAACAAACUCCAUCAAAACCACUCCAAGAAUAAGAACUACCUGCGGCCCAAGUCUGCUGUCAAUGCCACGUUUGGUCUCAACCAUUUUGCCGGAGUGGUCUUCUAUAAUUCUAUUGGAUUCUUGGAGAAGAACCGGGACACGUUCAGCACAGAUUUGAUACAGCUUAUACAGACCGCCAACAACAAGUACCUCAAGUCCUUGUUUUCACAGGAUGUUGCCAUGGGCACAGACACCCGUAAGAGAGCUCCCACCCUAGGGGCACAGUUUAAGAAGUCCUUGGAUUCCCUGAUGAAGACCCUGGGAUCAUGUCAGCCUUUCUUCGUUAGGUGUAUCAAGCCUAACGAGUUCAAAAAACCACUGAUGUUCGACAGAGAGCUGUGCUGCCGACAGCUGAGGUACUCUGGCAUGAUGGAGACUAUCAGAAUCCGAAGGGCCGGCUAUCCCAUCAGGCAUCGAUUUAACGACUUUGUGGACAGGUACCGCAUCUUGGUAAAUGGCAUCAAUCCGUCUCACAAGGAAGAGUGUCGCUCUGCAUCAGACAGGAUAUGUAAGGAGGUGCUGAAGGAUGCUGAUUACCAGCUUGGCAAAACCAAAGUCUUUCUCAAGGAUGCCCAGGAUGUGUACUUGGAACAGCAGCGUGAGCAGGCGCUGGCACGGCGCAUCAUGAUCAUCCAGAAGGUGGUGCGCGGCUGGCAUGUGCGGCGACACUUCCUUCGCAUCAAGAAGAGCUCUCUCACCAUACAAUGCACAUGGCGUGGGUACGCCCAGCGCAAACGCUACAGGCUGAUGCGACAAGGUUACAUGAGGCUACAGGCACUGUUCAGGUCACGCAUCCUUACCCAGAGGUUCUUCUCAGUCAGGAACAAGAUCUUACAGUUCCAGAAAUACUGCCGUGGUUUCCUGAUCCGCCGAUGGGUACAGAAGAGGAUAUGGGCCGUGGUGAAGAUCCAGUCUGGAGUGAGAGCAGCCGUCGCCAGGAAGAAAUACCGCCGUAUGAAGAUUGAGCAUGAGAAGAUGCUUGAGGCUGAACGUCUGAGGAAGGAAGAGGAAGAAAAACUGAGGAAGAAGAUGAAUAGCAAGAAAGCCAAGGAAGAAGCAGACAAGAUGCACCAGGAACGUUUGGCACGUAUCCACCAAGAAGUGGUUGAGGAAGAAGUAAGGCAGAGACAGGAGACAGCGCUGAAGAAGGAACAGAUAGAACAGGCAGAGCAGAAGAGGAAUGAGCCUGUCAAUGAUUCAAAACUGGUGGACGAUAUCUUCGGCUUCAUCACAGACUCCUCACAGAAUGAAGGGUCAGCACCAAGUGCCUUCAAGGACCUGGAAGAAAGAAGGAAAAAGGCCAUGGUGGAGAAUGGCUUUGACACAGUGGGUCACCUUCCCUUACCUGAGGAAGACGAGGAUAUAUCCGAGUACAAGUUCUCCAAAUUUGCGGCAAUGUACUUCCAGAACAAUGCCAGUCACGUUUACGUCCGCCGCUCUCUGCGCUCACCAUUGUUGCCACUCCGUAGUGAGGGAGAUCAGCUGGCCGCCCUUGCCGUGUGGAUCACCAUAUUGCGCUUUAUGGGGGAUUUACCAGAGCCAAAGUAUCACACAUCCAUGGCAGAAGCCAGAGAUACCACACCUGUGAUGACAAAGAUCUACUCCACCCUGGGGAGAAGAUUUAACAAGAAAGACUUGGAGGAGGCUCAGCGGAUGGGCAUGGACCUGGGGGUAGGAGCUGAGGAAAACGAUGCAAAUGUUCCCUAUCCAAUCCGUCAAGGCGGAAAGCGUAGCAUGCGCAAGAAGCUAGUGUCCUUGACAUUGAAGAAGAAAUCAAAGAUAACAGAAGAAGUGACGAGAAAGCUGCACGACCCUGAAGCAUUUAGCAGUGGUAAUGCCCUCCUGGAAGAUCGUCCCAUGUCCAACCUGGAGAAGCUUCACUUCAUCAUCGGUAACGGCAUUCUCCGUCCAGAUCUCAGGGACGAGAUUUACUGUCAGAUAUGUAAACAGCUUACCCAGAAUCCCUCCAAGAGCAGCCAUGCUCGUGGCUGGAUUCUCUUGUCUCUCUGUGUUGGGUGCUUCGCUCCCUCUGAAAAGUUUGUGAAGUACCUGCGCUGUUUCAUCAGCGAGGGACCCCCGGGUUAUGCACCUUACUGCGAGGAACGACUGAGAAGGACAUUUGCGAACGGAACGAGAAAUCAACCCCCAAGCUGGCUGGAACUUCAGGCCACAAAAUCCAAGAAGCCCCUGAUGUUGCCUAUAACCUUCAUGGAUGGGAACACCAAAACUCUUCUGGCGGAUUCAGCGACCACGGCAAGGGAAUUGUGUCAACAGCUGGCGGAGAAGAUCGGCCUCAAGGAUCAGUUUGGCUUCUCCCUCUACAUCGCCCUCUUUGACAAGGUGUCCUCGCUUGGUAGCGGUGGUGACCAUGUGAUGGACGCCAUCUCGCAGUGCGAGCAGUACGCGAAGGAGCAGGGGGCACAGGAACGUAACGCCCCAUGGAGGUUGUUCUUCCGUAAGGAGAUAUUCGCCCCCUGGCAUGAUCCUAGUGAGGAUUCCAUGGCAACCCAUCUGAUAUACCAGCAAGUUGUCCGUGGUGUGACAUUUGGAGAGUACCGUUGUGAGAUGGAGGAGGACCUGGCCAUGAUUGCUGCCCAGCAGUACUACAUCGAGUAUGGGGCGGCCGUGGACACAGAGCGACUGCGCACCCUCUUACCGUCGUACAUCCCAGAGAGCGCUGUCAGUGUGAAGACGCUCAACUACUGGGUACAGGCCGUCAGCAAGAAGCUCCAUAGUCCCUACUUCACCAAUCACAUCCAGACAAACAAGGUCAAAGAGGACAUUGUCAGUUACGCUAAAUAUCGCUGGCCGCUUCUCUUCUCACGGUUUUACGAGGCGUAUAAAUUUGCCGGGCCAAGUUUGCCAAAGAAUGAUGUGAUCAUUGCAGUGAACUGGACUGGUGUGUACGUGGUAGAUGACCAGGAACAGGUGCUGUUAGAGUUGUCCUUCCCUGAAAUUACGACAGUUUCCAGCAGCAGAACGGGUAAGAUGCACGGUCAGAGCUUUACAUUGGCCACAGUGAAGGGUGAUGAGUACACAUUUACCUCCCCUAAUGCUGAGGACAUUCGAGAUUUAGUGGUCACGUUUUUGGAAGGCCUAAAGAAACGGUCCAAGUAUGUGGUGGCUUUACAAGACUACUCGUCCCAAGCUUCAGGUGAGGGGUCAUUCCUGAGCUUCGUGAAGGGAGACUUGAUCAUGUUAGAUCAGGAGACCGGAGAGACCGUCAUGACGUCAGGCUGGUGCUUCGGUGAGUGCGUACGCACCAAUCAGUCAGGUGACUUCCCGGCCGAGUGUGUCUAUGUCCUGCCCACUAUCACCAAACCACCCAAUGAAAUACUGGACCUGUUUGUGCAGUCUGGCGAGGAUCGUGUGCAGUCAUCUGCAAGGCCUGUCUCUGAAAUGUCUACAGAGCAAGCAGAGAAUCCUCACACGCUGGAGGAGUAUUCCAUGGAUCACUUCAGACCUCCUCCAAAGAGAACUUUAACCAAAACCCUGGCAACGGCCCGGCGAAGAAAACCAGACGACCUCUGGCGACAUUCCAAAGAACCAAUCAAACAGCCUCUGCUGAAGAAACUGAUGGGCAAAGAGGAGCUGAGUCAAGAGGCUUGUUUCUGCUUCUUAGUUAUUCUAAAGUACAUGGGUGACCACCCGUCCAAGAGGGCCAGAGUUGCCAACGAACUCACGGAUCAGAUCUUUGAACCUCCACUGAGAAACGAAAUUUUGAGAGAUGAAAUUUAUUGCCAAAUCAUCAAACAGCUGACAGACAACAAAACCAGAAUGAGUGAUGAGCGAGGAUGGGAAUUGAUGUGGCUGAUUACUGGAUGUUUUGCACCCAGCACCAAUCUCCUGAAAGAGGUCACUAUUUUCCUGAGGUCAAAGCGUAACCCUAUUGCCCAGGACUGUCUCAUCAGAUUGCAGAAAACACUGAGGAAUGGGACGAGGAAAUACCCUCCUCAUCAGGUAGAAGUGGAAGCCAUCCAGCACAAGACCACCCAGAUCUUACACAAAGUGUACUUCCCUGACGACUCCGAUGAGGCCUUCCAAGUAGAUUCAAGUACAAGAGCAAAAGACUUCUGCCAAAACAUCGCUGACAAGUUAGAACUGAAGUCCUCUGAAGGAUUCAGUCUCUUUGUGAAGAUUGCUGAUAAAGUUAUUAGCGUACCAGAGGGAGACUUCUUCUUUGACUUUGUACGCCAUCUAACAGACUGGAUAAGGAAGGCUAAGCCCCAGAGAGACGGUGGGCCUCCUCAAUUCACGUAUCAGGUGUUCUUCAUGAAGAAGCUGUGGACAAACACCGUACCUGGCCGUGACAUCAACGCUGACUUGAUAUUCCAUUAUCAUCAGGAAUUGCCCAAAUUGCUGAGAGGUUAUCACCAGUGUAGUCGCCAAGACGCCGCCAGAUUGGCCGCACUUAUUUACCGUGUCAAAUUUGGCGAGGAUAAGUCCAAUCUGCAGCUCAUAUCGAGAAUGCUGAAGGAGCUUGUACCAGCUGACAUGGUCAGACAACAGUCUCCUGACGACUGGAAGAGGGCCAUCAUCAGCGCUUACAACCAAGAUGCUGGGAAAAAAAACGCUGACGCCAAAAUAGACUUCCUGAAAAUUAUCUACCAAUGGCCAACAUUUGGCUCAGCCUUCUUUGAGGUUAAGCAAACAACGGAGCCACAUUACCCAGAAAUCUUGCUGAUCGCCAUCAACAAGAACGGAGUCAACCUCAUCCAUCCUCAGAGCAAAGAGAUUUUGGCCACUCAUCCAUUCACAAAGAUUUCCAACUGGAGCAGUGGGAACACAUACUUCCACAUGACGAUAGGAAACCUGGUCAGGGGCAGCAAACUCUUGUGUGAGACGUCACUGGGGUACAAAAUGGAUGACCUGCUGACAUCUUAUAUCAGCCUGAUGUUGACCAAUAUGAACAAGCAGAAAGGUUUACGAAGAUAACCGGCUAGGCUCAACCACUAUCAACAACCAGGGUUCCAUGGAAACCCAGCAAAAUGGCAUUGCUUUAUGACUUCCUGCCAGUUGUCAUGACAACCAACUGCUCACUUGUAAUUACCCGUUGUGCCGCUAACAUCCAGCUUUCAAAACAUGGCAGUGCUGUUUGAACAUUGUGUUAUGUGGUUAUUAAUUAUCCUGGAUUAUUUGGUUUGAAUCGAUUCAAAAUUUUUUGGACAAAGACAAUGGGCAUGUUAAGGUGAAUGGCAAAAACAGCAACAUUGUGACAUAUCACAGAAUAACACACUGUGCAGACAAAAAAAAACUGUACAAAAUGUGGCGUAUUGUCUACCAACCCAUGACGGCAUGCAUGUACAAGUAUGUGACUACUCUGCUUCUGCAGGAUAGAACUUUUUUUUUUUAUUAUCUUUCUGGAUUCAUUUGAUGAUUAAGAAUAUUUGUAUAUUUUGAGGAAAGUUUGGUUUAGCGUGCUUUAGUGUUACCCCGUCUGCUCAUGGUAUAAGAUUGGUGUAAAUCUUAUCAUUGUUAUUUACAUAUAUAAAUAAGGUUGAAUGUAUUUAUUAAUUCAUCAGUAAGCAGGAUUGAUGUUUUCAGAAACCCUGUGAAAAUUAACGGAUCCUUUUAAAAUAGGAAUCUUGUUUGUUUAGCAUGCGCAUUUAGGAAUUCCGGAUGUACUGGGCACUAGUGACUCAUUUCAGCCGGAAUCGAAUGCUGUAAAUUGAUUCAGCUUGUUUCUAUUUUGUUAGAAUUUAAAUAUUUUCACAGAGUUUGAACCAUAUUUGAAGCCGUUAUUAGUUGUACGAAGGGUUUACUGGAGGUCUAGAAAAAUGUGGAAAACCUUCAGAAUUAUUAUAGCUGCAUAAAUUAUUAUUUUAAGUUGGUGAAAUAAGGCUCUUAAGGUUAUAAGGUUCACGUGAAAAUUUGUAGUAUGCAUUACCAUAACGACUUUGUCUCGCAAGUGAACAUGUGUACCGCUGGUUUAUUUUUCAUUCCAUGGCAAGUGUUUUGUUUCAACUAGCAAUGUGUGCAAGUUUGAAUGUGUAAAAUUGUACGAUUUUUAUCUUUAAAAUAUCUCCAAGAUGUAUUUGCAAAUUUCAGUUGAAAUGCGAGUAUACUGUUUAAGUGAUGAUAGUUUAUCCAGCCCGGUUUAGAUGUGUACUGCUUUAUUUUUUGGGGGGUGAUAUUUGAAGCCUGCCCACCAUAGGUUGAAUUGGAUCAGUUACUGAUUAGCACAGGUUUGUGCUCAGUUCACUGGAGUCGCUGAAGAUUGUGUGUGUGGGUGGCAAGUCCAUCCUAAGCAAUUUGAAAGUUCCUAUGCAAAUGUAAUAGCCAACCACAAAGUGUCUGUGAUGAUUUUUGCUUCAUUUUUUGCUUCCCCUCACAAAAAUGUUCUUUGUAUCUUUGGCAGUUUUGAACAGCUUUUUUCCACAAAUUGUUCCUAUCUUGUAAUCUUUUUAGUAUUUCUCUUUUUAUCACUGAUGAGAGAUGCAAGAAAAUCAAUUUUUGAUGUUCGUGCAAAAUGAAAAUAUAUGUUUACUAACACAUUACCAUCAGUGAUGAAAAAAUGAUGACGGUAUAGAAUAGGGUAAUAGGAAUAUUGUAGAUAAGUAAUAUUUUUCUUAGUAUAUUGUAAUACCGGUACACUACACUUCUGUGUUUUUUCUGUUUUUUUGGCUUAUGCUCACCUCGUGUCUAGAGUGGUUUAGACUUGCUACCAUGGCAACACCAAUCAACUGACAACAGCCAGAGGAGUCCUUGAAGACAUUUGUUUGAAUUGAUUCUUAUAAAAAUAGUGUCCUCUUGAUGUCAAAGCUGUACAGAAAUAAAUAUUCUUUUUUCUUUCUUUGUUUAAAGGUCUUUAAUGAAAUACCCACUUUUGAAUGUAUUUGUAUUUGGGCUUAUUUUGAGCUAAGAAUGUAGACUUUGUAAAUAUCUGUCUUGGGGUACAGUGUAUACGUUUUUUUUUUUGUUUUUUUUGGGCCUUAUGAAAUCUUUACAUUACAUCACUGGUGAUGUGGUCAUUUUUGCCCUUAACUCUGGUUACUUUCGCCUUUUUCCUCAUUCGACGGUUGUGACUUGACGUAAUUUGAACAUAGCUUUGUCUCCUCGAAUGAUCACAUGAUUAGCUCUUAUUCAUACUUCCAUGCGUUCAUACUUAAUUUCUAAGUAACAAUUUGCUAUGAACAAAAUUUCAGCCUAUUGAAUUGUGAUCGUAUUACACUAAUUUGCUGCUAACAUAGCCAAACUUGAGGUGGAAAGGCUGCGAGCAGUGGAACAUUUUGUGUCAGUUAAGUGUAUUUGUAUCAAGGAAUUUCACUGUUUGUGGCAAAAUAUGUUCCAAUCAACAUUUACUGUCAACAUUACCACCUAUCAACUUUUGCUGUACUGUAUCCUUGUGACUUUUGAGUGGGGUGUCAGUGUUUUAGGCACUUGCAUUGCCUCUUAUUUUUAUAUUAUAUAUACAUUCUUAUUAUAUAAAUAUAUGUAUAUUAUUAAAGAAAAUCACAUUUUGGAGGUUUAUUCAGCUGAUGUUUUGGGUGUAUACCUAAGUUUCUCCUCACAGAACUGUAAAUAUUUGAACAUGGCCACGAGCUAAGUUAAAUGCAGGUUUCUUGACCUGUGAGGUGUUGUUUAAAACAGAAAAAAAGGUACAUGGUCUAAACACACGUGCUUGUUUCACUUCUUAGAAUAAGUUAGUGCAUGAAUGUCAUGUAAGAUGGCAUGAAAAUCCUUGUGUGUAGGCUUUUGUAGGUAAGAGAUAUUCAUGUCUUCUGACAUGAUGGGUAUUCAAUUUUACCAUUCUUUUUGCUGGUGUACUUAAGGCUACUCUUGUGUGUCUUGAUUAUGACUAUCAAUACCUCCUGUGAACUGCCAUGGGUUUCCAUGGAUUCCCAUGGGUAUUACAACAUUCCACGAGGAUCUUACCUUCAGAUCCAUAGAUGUGUUUGUGUAUUCAGUCAUAUGUGAAGUGUCAUUGGUGUAUGUAAAUUAGCACUGAACAUUUCUGUAUAUUUGGCUUCAUAUUUCGCAAUAAACACAUUCACUUUAA